UUGUUUCUCUCUCUACAACUAUAUAUUUUGGGGGAUAAAUAAAGGUUAGUGAACGGGCACGUACUCCUCUCCUUCUCACUACGCAGCCUUACCUUCGUCAUUCGCUUCACCUUCAACUUAUCUCUCUCUCUCUCUCUCUCUCAAACUUUCUUUCACUUUGGCAUUUCUUGUGCGCCAUUGAAUCUGUUACGAAACCUUCCAAAAAAAAUACACGCAGAGAGUGCAUCUAUCACACGAUUUUUCAUCGACGCCGGCAACUAAUAGGCGGAUUAAGCGUGUAAUCGUCAAUUACCGACAGAGUAAACGACCCAAAGACGCAUUUUCAAGCACGCAAUAUGGACCUGGAUCAGUACUUUCACAACCUUUCCAAUGAAGACGACAAUGCUUCCAUGGAGAAGUGGAAAUCUCUCCCCGCCGGUAUCGUUCCACAUGAAGAUAAACCUACCGGUGGUUUUGACUGCAACAUUUGCCUAGACCUCGUGCACGAACCAGUGGUUACCCUCUGCGGCCACCUCUAUUGCUGGCCAUGUAUCUACAAAUGGAUCCAUUUCCGGAGCGUCUCAAACGAAAACGCCGACUACACCCAACAGGAGCCGCAAUGCCCCGUGUGUAAAUCCGAAGUUUCUCAAAAGACCCUGGUCCCACUGUACGGCCGGGGCCGAUCUGAGGGCAAAGAAUCACCACAUCUCGGAAUCGUCGUACCGCGGCGGCCUCUGAGUCCCACUUGUGGGGACCACGCAAUCAGCGGAUCUCGCCCAUCUCUUCACCAGCGGAGGAAUAUGCAACCGGUUCCGCCUGUGCUCACUUCAGGUGGCAGCGCGGCUAUGGCCGCCGACGGGUUUCACCCAAUGGUGGGGAUGUAUGGGGAGAUGGUGUACGCGAGGCUGUUUGAGAACUCGGAAACUACGAUGUAUAGUAAUAGUCCGAAUUCUUAUCGACUCGCGGGGAGGGGUAGCCCGAGGUUGAGAAGGUACAUGAUGGAGGCCGAUAAAUCGCUCAGCCGAGUUUGUUUCUUCCUCUGCUGUUGUAUUGUCUUGUGCCUUCUCUCGUUCUGAUUUUGCACAUUGUACGCAUUGUGAAAUAUACUGUACUAUAUGUUAUGAGCAAAUAAACGAUACACGGAUUCGGCCGGAUGUGAUAGAUGACGGAGCUUUUGCAUUACUGUGCUGGUGUCUGCAGCAGUCCAUUGGGCUUGUAGAGAUUGUAAUCCAUAUUUUGAAUGUAAUCGAGGGUGGUUGAGGAUUUUCUUGCUGUU